GAAAAUGUUGGGAAGUUCUUUCCUCAGUGUACGAGUUGAAAAUUCACUGUUUUCUUGAUACUUCAUAAAUAUCAAAUUCUUCUACAGCCGUCUACAUUUUAGAUAUAUUUUAUUCAACUGAGAGCACAAAAAAAUGGAUAGAAACAAAAGGACAGAAGACAUAACUGGAAAAAAAGAAAACAUGGAGAGCAAAAUACCCAAGUCUAUUAAAUCUUCUACAGCAAAAGAAGCAAGUUCGAAGAUCCCAAGUGAAAAAGAAAGAGCUAAAAAUUUGAAAAGAACUGUGAAAAUAGAUACCGUAAGUUCUUUAAAAGGGAGGCAAAUGAAAACCAACCUGCAAAAGAAUGUGAAACCCAUGAGCAUUGCAAAGAUGUCAAAAGAUAUAAUGGAUCAUUUUGAAACUGAAAGUUUAAAUUUGGAAGAUCUCACUUCCGAAUCUGCUUCUCACAUUACGGUUCAAGAUAAGGGAAACACAACCAAACGAGUGCCAUUGAAAGAAAAAUGCUCACAAAAGCAAUCUGGAAGACUAUCAAAGAAACCAUCUGCGUCGGACCUUAAGCCAUGUACAGCGUUCGGAGGCAUGCGGUUCACUUCAAAGAAAAACACCAAAAAAGUUGAUUUGUUUCAUGAAAUGACAAAAGAGACAAAAAGGGAUCACCAAGCAGCUAAUCUAGCUGAGCCAGCUGUAGCUAAAGAAACAGCAAUUAUAACUAAAGAACUAAAAACUUCUGAUUCUGCCAAGGCAGUUAUGAGCAAAGGAAUAGAGCGGUCCAAUGAAGAAAAUUUAGAAAAUCUUCCAAGUAGUCAAGCGAAAUCAUCGAAAGCAACUUCUCUUAUUGCAAAAGAAGCUGCUCUUAAAAAGUGCAUAGCAUUCGGUGGUAUACGCUUCUCUCCUAAGUGGCAAAGCACUCCUUUGAAACCCGAUUUAUUUGAAAAUUUGCAAAAAGAUUCUAAACAUGAUAAGAAAAUGCAUUUUUCAGAUACUCCAGAUUCUACAAAACCGAUCGUACGAGAAAAAGUUGAAGCAGCAAAUAUAACUCCUGGUAAAACAGUCCAAUCUCCAUCUAAAGAAGCAGAAUAUUUCAAAACAGCAUCAAAUACGAUGAAUGAGACUAGUUUUAAUGUAUGUACAGCCUUUGCGGGAAUGCGGUUGAUUCCCAAGAGAAAAAGCACUCUACCAAUACCUGAUAUAUUCGAAAGAGAAAGAAAGGAAUCGGAAAUCGAUGAUAAGGAAUUGCAACCUUCAGAUGAAUCCGUUGAAGUCAAGAAAAUGUCUUCUUAUGCUACAAAAAUGAUAAUGACAACAGAAACUCAGCAUUCGUCUAUUGAAAAAUCAGAUCAGUAUUCAACUGAAAUGGCAAAAUCCACAGAAACAGUAUCAACUACUACGAAGGAGGUAUGCCGUAUUGCUGCUUUUGGAGGUAUAGGCUUAGCACCCAGGGUGAGGAGUACUUCUACAAAAUCCAAUAUAUUUGAAAGCACACAAAAGGAAUCGAAAACUGCUGAUCUGGAACCCCAACUUACAAAUUUUUCUGUGAAAGAGAUGAAAAAGAUUCCUGAUACUUCAAAGGCCUUAAUAAAAGCAGGAACUCAACAUUCGAAUAUUGAAAAGUUGCCAGCAUCUACAACUGAAAAGCCAGAAUCGACAAAAAUUCAUAUCGAGAAAAAUAUGAACGAGGUCAUCCCAAAGCCUUUUCCUGCUUUUGGAGGUUUACGUUUCAAGCCGAGGCAAAAAAAUCUAAGAGAUGUAUUUGAAGAUGUACAAAAAGUCGGCAAUCAGAAGCUGUCUUAAGUGUCUAGACAAAGAUAUGUACUCCAAACUUUCAUGAGAAAAUGGGGAUUGUUUGAUCUGCCACAAAUCUUAUUUUUUUAUAUAAAGUAUAUAUAUUUUCAGCAUAAUGUGAAUAAAUUAUUUAA